AUGAUACGUAAAAUAUUACACGUGAUAUUGAUUUUUUUAUUUGGAAUUUUAUUAAAAUUUGUAUCAAGUACAACAUAUACUUGUUCAUCGAAUGCUUCUUGUGGAUGUUCAAUUAAUUCAGCUAUUUUAACAAAAAUUAUCGGUGGAGAAACUGCUGCAAGUCAAACAUGGGGAUGGGCUGCAUCACUUCGUUAUACAUCUAGUGAUUCUCAUUUUUGUGGAGGAUCGAUUAUAUCUGAUUCACAUAUUCUUACUGCAGCACAUUGUACUCAAAGAUUAAAUUUUCCUUCUUCAGUACGCGUUUAUGUUGGAUCAAUAGAUUUAUUUUCAGGAGGUCAAGUAAGAGAAGUUUCAAAAAUUUAUAAUCAUCCAAAUUAUUCACCAUCGAAUUAUCGUAAUGAUAUUGCUAUACUUAAAUUAUCAUCACCAUUAAAUCUUGAUCAAGCUGGUAUUGAUCUUGUUUGUUUACCUAAUGUAUCAACAAGUGUACUUGCUAAUGAAGAAUAUCCAUCAGCCAAUCUCAAUCUUGUUGCUAUUGGUUGGGGUGUUCAAAGUGAAGGUAGUCAAGUAGUAUCUUCAAUACUUCGACAAGUAACUGUUCAAUCUAUUGCUGACACUAGUAGUUAUUGUCAAAAUGUUAAGUUAAUUGAUUCAUCGACACAAUUUUGUGCUGGUGUAAUGCCUAAUGGUGGUAAAGAUACAUGUCAAGGUGAUAGUGGUGGUCCAUUAUUAAUAUUUACUUCUAAUAAUGUUUGGGAACAAGUAGGAAUAACUUCAGUCGGAUAUGGAUGUGCAAAAGCUUAUUAUCCCGGUAUUUAUACACGUGUUGCAGCUUAUCAGUCAUGGAUAGAGGCAAUAGUGAAUCGUGCAAAUCGAGUAUUUAUUAUUUCAUAUGCAAUAUUCGUUCCAUUUGUAUUAUUAAUUCUAUAA